CCGAAGUCGAAAAGUAAGUCAGAGGGGAAAGAAUGUCUUGAAGAGAUGCCGGUUUUCUCGUCUCCCCCUCCUCGAAGAAUGGUAGCGCCCAUUCAGAACUCUCCUGCCUUUCCCCCCGCUGCGUGGUGGAGACCCGGAGAUAACGGGGAAGAGGAGGCUAUAGGUGCCCGCCGGAUCGUAGCAGGGCGCUUUUCUUAAAAGUACUUUUCUGGGUCCGGUCCCCGCUCUCCUUCCCUCCGCCCUUCUGAACAGUCCUUGAGAAGAUGGACGGGGUCUUACUGGGAUGGACCGCUGUCCUGUGGCUAACAGUUGUGAUUGAAGGACUGCUGGUCAGGGUGCCUGAAAAGAAAAGGGUAGCGAUGCUUUUUCAGCCUGUUGUGCUUCGAUGCCAUUUUUCAACCUCCUCCACUCAACCAGCUGUAGUGCAAUGGAAAUUCAAGUCCUAUUGCCAAGACCGCAUGGGAGAAGCUUUAGGCGUGGUCUCUGCAGGGAUACAGGCAGUGAGCAAGAGGAACUUGGAAUGGGACCCCUACGUGGACUGCGUUGACAGCAGGAGAACAGUUCGCAUUGUGGCUUCCAAGCAGGGUUCUGCAGUCACAAUUGGAGAAUUCUACAAGGGGCGAGAUGUCACCAUUGUCCAUGAUGCAGACCUCCACAUAGGAAAAUUGAUGUGGGGAGACAGCGGUCUGUACUACUGCAUCAUUAUCACACCGGACGAUGUGGAGGGUAAGAAUGAGGAGUCAGUGGAGCUGCUUGUUCUGGGCAGGACAGGGCUGUUUGCUGAUCUCUUGCCCAGUUUUGCUGUGGAUAUUAUGCCAGAAUGGGUGUUUGUGGGCUUGGUGAUCCUGGGUGCUUUUCUCUUUUUUCUCCUGGUUGGGAUUUGCUGGUGCCAGUGUUGCCCUCAUAGUUGCUGUUGCUAUGUCCGCUGCCCCUGCUGUCCGGAUACCUGCUGCUGUCCACGCGCAUUAUAUGAGGCAGGAAAAGCUGCAAAGGCUGGAUAUCCUCCAGCAGUUACAUCAAUCCCUGGGCCUUACUAUAUUCCCACAGUUCCAGUGGCUGGCGCCCCAUCACAUCCUGCCAUGAUGGAGAAAUCGCACCUUCCUCCGUUGGCACCCAGCGAAUCCGGCACAGGAGGCCAAAGUGUACGCAAAGGCUACCGAAUCCAGGCGGACAAAGACAGAGAUUCAAUGAAGGUGCUGUACUAUGUUGAGAAGGAACUGGCUCAGUUUGACCCAGCAAGGAGGAUGCGAGAAAGAUACAAUAAUACCAUCUCAGAGCUUAGCUCCUUGCAUGAGCAAGAUGCCAACUUUCGCCAGUCUUACCGUCAGGUGCGCAGAAAGCCACUCCCUCCUCCAGGAGGUCUCCCGGAUGGUGAUGCAGAGUACUGGGCCGGGGUUGUCAGUGGAGGGAGUAUGUCCAGACCACAAACCAGCUCUGAUUACAAGGAGGAGAGGGGCAGCUUCAGACUUAGUCAGCAGAGAUCAAAGUCGGAGAGGCUCUCACGAAAGAGUUUCUCCAUGGGAGUGCCAGCUGUCUCCAUGGAUGAACUUGCAGCUUUUGCAGAGUCUUACAGUCAGCGUGUCCGUCGGACAGAGGGCAGUCAGGAACCCCGGCGCUUUGAGAGAUCAGGAUCCCGUAGUGCACGUGGAGGGGCAGUGCAGCACCAGGACAACUCAUCGGAUGAAUAUUAUGGCUCACGAAGGGGAAACCAUGAGCCACUGACAGAUUCAGAUCAGGGCUGGUCAUACAGUCCCCCCCGAAGACGUACCUAUGAAGAGAAACACCUGCCUAGGCUAGUGUGCCGUACACCUGGAGGGAGUCAAAAGUAUGACCAUUCUUACCUAACCAGUGCCCUUGAAAGGAAAUCACGAAGCUAUGAUGAGAGUGGCGAGCAUAGUGAGACACCUUCAAAGCUUAGCUCCCAUUCCAGCCAGAGAGGUGGGACAUACUAUGCCUGGUCACCACCAUCAACUUACAAAGCAGGGCAGCAGCAGCAGCAGCAGCAACCUCCACAGCAGGAAGAAGGAGAAGAUGCUCUGCCACCAUACAGUGAGAGGGAGUUGAGCCGGGGUUCUUCGUACAGAAGCAGAGAACAAUCUAACCUCAAUUCUUCAGAGAAAAAAAGGAAAAAAGAACCAAAGAAAACAAAUGAGUUUCCAACAAGGAUGUCUCUUGUGGUGUGAUACUGUCUUAGAAGGACAGUAUUAAUGGACUGAUAAACCAGAAGCUCUCAGAGCUACUUGGACUGCGAGGAAUGUGCGGUGUCACCAGAUGUUGAAGACUCUUGUCUGUUUUGUUGUGGACCUGGAGGACGUGGAUGAAAGCCAGUUCCAACCAACUGCUCUCCCCCAGCGUACCUCUUAUAAAAUAACAGCUCACUUCACCCGGAAAUAAAGGGGUGGGGGUGUUUGGGGUUUGCUACACGUGUCCUUGAAUUUCAUUCCAUGAGGAAUGUCUGUACUUUAAUCCUCCUCUAAACCUGCAGUACUGAAGGAGCUGCCAUCUUGUACAGUAUAUAUUCCCACUCCCUUAUUACAUACUUCUCACAUGUGUUGCUUUGCAUCCUACGUUUGGAAGGGAAAGUUGCCACAGGUUUCAGGUCUUCUCAUCACUUGCCCUUUCUCUCCUAUUUUGAGAGAAAUAAGGAACUCAUUUAACAUUUGGAGGAGCCCCAGUCAUUAAAGUGGUGUUUUCGAGACAAAUUGCAAAAAAGGAAACCUUCAUCCUUUGGAAAUGACCCCCAAACUGCAACCUGGGACAGUGCAUUAUGAAGGACAGGGUAAUAAAAGACAUUUUGGAGCUGUUUUUUUUUUUUUUAAAGGCCUGCUCAUUCAGUAAUUGGAGCCACCAAGUAAGAUUAAUGUUUUGUUUUGGAAGUGAAACUCCGUAGAUUUUGCUGUAGUGAGAGUGUGCCAUGUUAUUUCACUGUUGUCUGAUAUGAUGUAUCAGCGUUGCCUUACAGUUGAACUAUAGCCAUAAAAGGCUUCAGCUGGGAGUGCUGAUUGGUCCUACUGUAAGCAGAAUUCAUGCUCAGAUUCUGCUGACAGUACUCUCUGGACAAUUACUGUUUUUUAAAGCCAACUGAUAAACAUGAACAGAGCUAGAAAGAAAAAAUCAGGAUGCAAAAGAAAGGAAUAGCCAUUGCUUUUAUACUUCUACAGGGACCAGCCUUACUACUUUCAGGUAAUUGGCUGAGGCCAUUCAAUAAGGCAACACAAGCUAUGAACAAUAAAUAUGUUGGAUGAAA